AUGGCGGACUCCACCCGGGGAGGAGGAGGAGGAGGGGAGAAGGAGGGCGAGGCGACGCGGUACCGCGGCGUACGGCGUCGGCCGUGGGGCAAGUACUCGGCGGAGAUCCGCGACUCGGCGCAGCACGGCGCCCGCGUCUGGCUCGGCACGUUCGACACCGCGGAGGAGGCGGCGCGGGCCUACGACCGAGCCGCCUUCGCGAUGAGGGGUUCCCUCGCCGUCCUCAACUUCCCCGGUGAGGCCGGCGCCGGUUCCUCGCGGGCCGGGAAGCAGGUGAUCGAGCUGGAGUGCUUGGACGACCGGGUGCUGGAGGAGCUCCUGGAGGUCACUGAGAAGGAGAAGAAGAGCAAGAAGAAGUAGCGCGGCUUUCAGCAACAUGCAGGAAUAAGUGAAGGCUGCAGUACUAAUCUACGUAUCUAUCUGUGUGUCAGUGUGUAUGUAACCACGUAAUGUUUCGGAAGUCUCUGUCAGUGCAAUCUUCUUUCAAUGAUUGGAUUCUGGUCCUCUCCUCCUCCAUGGAAGAAGUUUAGGCCGACAGAGAUCUAAAUAAUGUCAAGCAACCGCUGGUUGUCUU